GACCUUUGCCAGGACGUGACUCCCAGGCAACUGUUUGGAGAGGGCAGCACCUGUCCUCCUGGCCGACCCUCUAGGUGCUGCUGUGUCCACUUCAGGCUCCUGAGUGGGUGCCAGGUGGGAGGAAAAUCUUGCUGGGAUGAGGGGCAGACCUGGGGUCUUCAGACACGUGCUAACUGAAGCAGGAGCUGUGGACAGCAGGGUGUGUAGGCUGGGUCACUCCUGUAGUCCAGCAUGCCCCUGGGGUGGGCAGACUGACUGUGCGCCGCCAAAUAGCCUUGGGCGGUGCAGAGCUUCUCGAGCCCACACACAUCUGCCCUUGUGUGAAGCUGGCAGGCCUGCUCACCCCGAGGCCGCGCACCAGGAGGAGUGUCCAUGUAGCCGCUGCGCAGAUGAGCCUCAGGUGCUCCCUCCGUGCGCGCAAGGCCCCAGACCCUCACAUGAGGCUGGCCACCAAGGUCUCUGCGGGAGUGGGCUGGUGUCUUUGUUAAGUCAGCUCAUGUCUGGGGGGCAGCAGGGGGAAAAGUAAGCAUCCAUUUUGUUGUGAGAGUGGCCCUCGGCUGAAUCAUGCUGGGUGGCCGGGUGUCAUGGCUUGGGGGCAGCUGUGUUAGACCCUGCAGGUGGCACUGGACCCGAGGCCAGCUGAGGACAUAGCAGGAAGGUGGCAGGACAGUGACGUAGCUCCUGGGGCCACAUCUGGGUUUUGCACAGCCCUAGCUGUUGUGGGGAAGUUUGCUCUUUUUUUCAUUUCUGCUUUCCCAGCAGAUCCCGAGGCUGUUGAGGUCUUGGCCAAGUUCUAAAAAGCAUGCCUAACGUGGCUUCGGGGUCACUGUGGGCCAGUGCUGAGCCCACAGGAAGCAGGUCUGCCCAGCCCACGCCCUGUGGCCGUGGGAACCCCAGUGAGACUUCCUGCCGGGAUGCAGAGGGCAGAGCUGGCGGCCCCUGUGGGUGUGUGCCCUCAGGCCUGUGAGCAGGCUCCUGCAGCUGAGCCUGCUCCUACAGUCCUCUCAGGUGUCUCCCCCGCACGUGCCCCCACACCCCGACACUGCCCAGCCCCUGUGCUGCCCUCACCCGAGUGGAGGGGCUCUGGUGGGCCAGUAGCUGGAGCUGGACCCCCAGGCCCUGUUCUUAGCUCCCAUGUCUAUUUCCCCGGCUUGACCACUUCCCCAACUUAUCGUCCCCCUUGUGAGAGAUUUGGUGUGGAGUUAGUUACGGAGUUGUGCAGCCCAUUUGCUAGGCAGUGUGGCCAAGCUGGUGGGGAGGCUGGGCGGUGAGGGGGAGGGACAUCCAGCCCUGCCUGUGACACAGUCCUCAUCCAGGCCCCUGCAGUCCAGACCCACAGGGAUCCUGGUGGGCUCCCCAGGACAGGGCCUCCCUGGGACUCACGCAGUAGCCAAUCCCUGCCCAAGGCUCAGCUCCAUGCAGUCCCCCGGGCCUCCUCCCCAGGGCAGAUCUGAGGCCAGGCUACUGUCCCAGGCAGCCCUUGGCAUGGGGCAGGAUUGAAUUCUUAUCUGCCUUCCCUUGAAGUGGCCCUGGGAACCCCCACCCAGCCUCAAGUCUCCAGCUCCCCUUUCACCGCCAGCAGGGAACCCACUGGGGAUGCUUCCCAGAGGGUGUAGAGAUGGGGAGACUGAGGCUGGUAGAGGGGAGUGUGCUGCCAAGCCACACUGCCAGGCUGUGGUUAGCCAGGGCUUGACUGCCCCCAGCCAGUGAGCCAGGAGCCUCCAGCCAUUGCUCCUUAUCAGUGCCCAGGUUGAGCAGGAAGCAGAUGGCUGCGUGGGCAGGAAGCACCCUAUACCAGGAGGGGUACGUGGCCAGGGCCCUUGCUUGCCUCUUCAAGGCUCUGAGGCAGUGGCCCAACCUCCAGAACCUCCCAGAGUGCCUACUGUGGCUGGAGCUUGGGGCAAGGGGCCUCUGGGUGCUCAGCACCCUCCAGGGGGUCCAUGAUACCAGUUACCAGGCUCCUGAUCCCAAGAGCCUGGGUUCAAAUCCCAGUGAAGCCCUCAUGUGCUGUUGGUUUCAGACAAAAUGCCUCCCAUACUAGCCUCAGUUUACCCAUGCCUUCCCACUGGCGCAGGAACCGGCCCAUCAACGUGAACCAUUACGCCAACAAGAAGAGUGCGGCUGAGAGCAUGCUGGACAUCGCACUGCUGAUGGCCAAUGCCUCCCAGCUGAAGGCGGUCAUCGAGCAGGGCCCCAGCUUCGCCUUCUUCAUGCCGUUGGUGGUCCUCAUCUCCAUCUCCCUGGUGCUGCAGAUCGGCGUGGGUGUGCUGCUCAUCUUCCUUGGUACGACCUCAACAACCCUGCCAAGCACGCCAAGCUGGAUUUCCUCAACAACCUGGCCACGGGCCUGGUGUUCAUCAUUGUAGUGGUGAACAUCUUCAUCACUGCCUUCGGUGUCCAGAAGCCUGGGGUAGACGCAGCGCCCCG